AGUGAGAGAAUAACAUCUUCGCAGCGCUGCUUGCGUCGUCGUCCCGCCCACACCGUAGCAGAGCGGUACCAGCAAAUACAUUCUACAAAGCAUAAAUGCCGAAAAUCUAGAGAGAGAAACUCAGUAUAUACCUCCUUACUAGUUCCUACAUAUACUCAGCGAUACUUAUCAACUGCUUACAUAAUAAGCAGACGCGUGCGGAGUUAGAGAGAGGAUCAGAUAUGGCGUUCUUGUUCGAAUUCCAGAUCUUGUGAACAUAAAAACACAAAGGCAGGAAUCGCGCAUUUCGCGCCUGUAAUUUGCGUUCCUGAUUCGAAUUCGCCGCAUUGUAGAUCGUCUCUCAUUGCUCGAAUUUUGAUUCCGCAGAGAUAGAGAGAGAGGGAGAGAUUAUGUGAGUGAAUGGACGAGAAAGGAGGAGGAUCUUUCGUGGCGGUAAGGAGAAUUUCGCAAGGCCUUGAUAGGAGCAACACUUGUCAUUCAGAUUCUGAUGUUAGAUACUAGUUGUAUGGUGUCUCUAUUUGAUGCGAGCUUUGGAUCUGUGAAUUGGAAAUUAGCUUGGUUCAUGCCUAAUUGCAUUGACAUUUGCGCGGAGGUUGUAGCAGGAUCUGCAGCAUGGCUUGGCAGAGGGCUUUCAUGUAUAUGUGCUCAGGCAAGAGAGAAUGAUGCUCGGCCUUCAUUUAAUUUAACACCUGCUCAGGAAGAGUGCUUGCAGAGGUUACAGAGUCGUAUGGAUAUUUCUUAUGACAGGUCAAUUCCAGAACAUCAGUCAGCUUUAAGGGCUUUGUGGAAUGCUGCCUUUCCUGAAGAGGAACUACGUGACCUAAUAUCUGAGCAGUGGAAGGAAAUGGGUUGGCAAGGCAAAGAUCCAUCUACUGACUUUAGGGGUGGUGGAUUUAUAUCGCUGGAAAACUUAUUAUAUUUUGCUAAGAACUUUCCGAAUUCCUUCCAGGAUCUUCUUCAAAAGAGGGAAGGCGACCGGUCCAUGUGGGAAUACCCAUUUGCUGUUGCUGGUGUCAACAUCACAUUCAUGCUUAUCCAGAUGCUAGAUCUAGAAGCAGUAAAACCUCGAAACCUGGUUGGAGCAACCUUCUUGAAGUUUCUUGCAGAGAAUGAAUCAGCAUUUGAUCUUCUAUAUUGUAUUACUUUCAAGUUGAUGGAUCACCAGUGGCUUUCCAUGCGAGCAUCAUAUAUGGAUUUCAAUUCAGUCAUGAAGGCUACGCGGAGGCAGCUAGAAAAGGAACUUCUACUAGAAGACAUAACACGGCUGGAAGAUUUGCCCUCUUACAGCCUACUCACUCAAUAGUUUUAUACUCUGCUGACAUUCUAAAAGUGAAAUGGGUUACACAACAUGGCUGGAAGAUCCGAAGAUUUCCCCAUGUACGUACAGCCUUCUCAGCUGAUAGUUUUGUACUGCUGACAGUCUAGACGUGAGUGGUUUUCAUUUGCAAAACAUACAUGCGGUAUUCAUUGGUUGCAGUUUCCAUCUUCCAGGUUUCUCUACUCACGAGUUAUUUUUUGACUGGAUAGUGCUUGCUGUCAAUGACAUGUUUCUUCUGUUCUUCAUCACAUUCUUUAUUACUCAUUAGGUUCUUGUAAUUGAGCUUGUGGCUGCUACACAAAAAUGCUCCUCUGCAAAUACAAAUUGGAUUGUUUUUCCUGAUUCUUAGCCAAUGGUUUGCCAUGUUUGACAUGAUUGAAGAAUAUGGAACUUGUGCAGUUUGAGUAC